AUGGAGGCCCAGCUCGAUGCUGCCAAGGUCAUCAUUCAGGCAAAGCGCCAACGAAAUCAAGAGAAUUCCAUUGGAGUCAUGACGAUGGCCGGCACACUGGGCCCACAUGUCCUUAUUUCGCUUUCGCAAGAUUCUGGAAAUCUCUACAAGGCGCUUUCAUCGGCAGCCAUUAAUGGAAAUCCCUCUUUCCUCUCUGCAGUGAAAAUUGCGCAACUUGCGCUGAAGCAUCGUCAAAAUAAAAGCCAACGCCAGCAUAUAAUAGCGUUUGUCGGCUCCCCGCUUCUCCGGGACCCUGCGGGACGAACAGAUGAAGACUCGCCAGAGGCGAUGCAGCAGCUCGCCCGAUCCCUAAAGAAGAAUGGCAUCUCCAUGGACAUUGUCAGUUUUGGAGAAGAAGAUAGAACAAACUUGGAGCGCCUCUCUUCCUUCAUAGAAAUAAUCUCGCACGAUCGAAACAGCAAUUUGGUGUCUGUCCCGCCAUCAACCGGAGGUCUACUCUCCGAUGCCGUGGUCUCAUCACCCAUUCUCAGUGGAUAUAACUCAUCCGGGUCUGAGUUUCCAUUCGGCGUUGACCCAGAGCUAGAUCCAGAAUUAGCUCUUGCGUUGCGCAUGAGUCUAGAAGAGGAGCGAAACCGCCAACCAGCUUUACCAACCACAGGGGAAGCCUUGGCGCAACCCCAUGUUUUGCCUGAGACAUCCACUCCACAAGAAAUUCAGGAGGAGAGUGAAGGCGAUGACGAGCUCGCGAUGGCCAUCGCUAUGUCGCUCGACCAUUCAGAUACUCAAGUUGAGCAACGGUCCCCCAAGCGCAAGCUUGAUGAGGGUGAUGACCAAUAA